CAUGAAGGAGGCGUAAAUGAACUAUAACAUAUACUAAGUACAAAGUACCUAGGCUUAUACAUAUGUACGUAUAUACAUAAAUGCACCUGUACUUUUUUCGAUAUCGAUAUUAACAAUUGCCUUAAAUAAUAAUUUAUGAAUCUUUAGAUUACACAUACGUAUGUAUAUACAAAAGUUAAUUUCCAUGCAAAAGUAGUGAUUUAAAUACAUACAUACAUAUAUGUAUGCCUAUAUGUAAAUAACACCCAAUAGUUCGAAUUCGGAUAGAUAAAAAAAUUGAGGAGCAUGUAAAGUUAGAGAUUUGCAGUUAUUCUGACGCAUCGUGAACUAUCAGUCAUUCCGUUGGAAUUUCAUUUUAGUAGAGUGGUCGUCACGUUCAAUUUAUGAGAACAUAUCGACAAUUUCUAUUUUCCUAUAUUGCAUUUGCAAUCAAAAUGAAGUUCAAUCUUUACGCAUACACAGUUACAGGCAUGUGUACAUCGCUAAAAUACAUACGAGACAUCAGAUAAAAGCCUGUUGAUAAACGCCAUCAAGGCUUGUCGUGGAAUUCGCGUAAAUAUGUUUGUAUACUAUGUAUGUACAUAUAUGUAGGUACGCCUGUGAGCAAAUACUUUGCAGUAAAACAACCAACUAGUCAAAUAAAUUUACUUUACAAUUAGAACGUGCUUCUGGAUUGAAAUUGUACUAGUCCGAAACGGCCAAAUUUGUAUGGUUAUCCUUGACAUCUGGCCAAUACAUACACAUUUGAAGUAUGAAGCAAUGCUUACGGCUAGCCGGCUAGUGAUUUUAGGCGAUUGGAGUCAGACUUGACGCCAUCGCAGUCAUGACAACAUACUCGACCUUGUUAAUGAACUCAGGCUACAUUACAUGCGACCGUAAAAACAACGUUUUUAUUCCCCAAUACAAAAGAAUGGAGCAAAUUUUGUGAUCAACAGUCCCAACAGCGAAAUCCAUCGACGGACCAAAGCGUGAAAUACGUACAAGAACGGGCUUCUUCUGUAGUAAUUUCCUAAGCUGCCCCAGACUAUUCAGCUUCUUUACUGAUUUGUGGAUUGAACAAACAGCUCCUACUUCUAAGCAAAAGGGAGCUUAGUAACAUUGUAGGGGUCAUCACAGGACACCUACACUUAAAUGGAAAAGGGGAUUCGGAGGUAUGAGACGCUGGAACAUUAUGUGGAUAAUUGACAUUGCACAGAGCAUCACAAUGUAAACGAAAAACGAUUAUUCAUAUGUAAAAAUAAAGUUAGCUGACUAUUUGUACUUGAAGUUCAUAAUAGGUGUGAAGUAGCCUCUCAAGAGAUACAUGUUUAUUUUGUCCUGAAUAUUACAACCUACUUCAGAUUACACAAUCAGUAACGGAAGUUCUUGAGAAUAUAAUCAAUCAAUUUUCACAUUUACUCUUUUAUACACACAUACAUGUAUAUGUAAUAUAUAUAUAUAUACAUACAUACAUAUAUGUAUAUUAAUGUUAAACAUCCGCUUAGAUAAAGAGCAAGUUGUAGAGUGGCUAAUUAAAAUUUGCCUCUUUUUACAAAUUGUUACAAUUUAUUACAGUUUACUUAUGUACAUAAAUAUAUAUGUACAUAUGUAUGUACAUACAUAUAUGAAUGAGCAGUUGGCCCCUACCUUUCCGCGCAUGGAAUCAGCGGUGAGGCUAUCUUGAUAUCGAUUCUUAUACAGACCACUGUAAGAGAUGGCUCUUCGUAAAGUUCCCACGACAGUCGGGUCUAGAUAACCGGAACGGACUCGUAUUCUUAUCCAGCCAAGGACUGUAAACCAUUCUUCGAAAUUACAGAAUUGGGUUUCAACGUGAAAAGCUGCAAAAUGCUUCAGGGUUAUCGACGAAUCAAAAAACGAAAUUGAUCAUAAUCAUCUGGAUACUUGGACUGGAGUUUUUGUUGUUAUUCCCCAUGCUCAAACUCAGAUUUUUGUAAAUUAAAAACGUGUCAUUGGCCAUGUGCAGAUAGCAUAGGUUUGGAUAGAUAGCAUACUUUCUGCCAAAUUAUUAUUUCUUGUAUUUUCAUACAUACCUACACUUAUGACUGUGUGUACAUACAUAUGUGCAUAAACAUACAAAAAUUGAAGUUUAUUGAAAACACACAACACUCUGAAAACAAUCUACAUAGUACAUUAUCGAAAUGAAUGCCUUUGGCACCAUUCGCCCAUCCGUCGGUAUGAAUUCAAAUUGUUUAGUUGUGCGUAACACAUCAUCCAUAUAACACAAGAUAUAUUUAUACAUUUGGGCGAUCGGAAAAAUAUCUAAAAAACUAUUUUAUUGAAAUAAUAAAAAUGUCUAGUCGUCGAUGGUAUUAUGAACUCACCGCGCUUUUGAUCAGUUCCUUCGUAAUCGGUGUUUAUAGCGAUACCUAUGAGGCAUGCGAAAAUAAACCAAAUUACGCAUUUAUAGCCAGCAAUACGUCUUGUAGACAUUACAUAUACUGUGCUGGUGACGAAUCCUAUGAGGGCGAAUGCGCAGAUGGCGAUUAUUUUAAUGAACUAUUACAAACGUGUGAUCCCGAGCAUCUUGUCACCUGCCAGCUCUACAACACAAACAGCUCCAGUCCCAGCUCCAUGCAAACGGCACCAACCCAAGCUGCAAUGACCGCACCGGCCAAUUCAACAUUUUCUUCUACAGUAAUAGCAUCCAGCUCGUCAGCACCAACACAGACUACGACCAGUCAGACGAGCUCCGAUAACACGAACACCACAAGUGCGCUAAGUGAAUCUAUUGCAACUUCAGUGGCUCCGCCCGUAAAGGAGGGCGCUAUAGCCAUUAUAAUAUCAACCGAGUGUCCGUUAACGGAUAAUCCAAAUCAAAUGAUUUUCGUGCCACAUCCGAAAACUUGCUCAGAUUAUUUUAUUUGUUAUCGUGGCCAACAAAUGGCCAUGCACUGUUCUUCUAUGCUACAUUUUAAUUCCAAUACCGGGAAAUGUGAUUAUGCGGAGAACGUUCGGUGUCAGACUGUUUUCAGCAAUCCAAGAGAGCAAUGCCAGCUACAUACGACCGAUUUAUAUCCUCAUGAAACGAAUUGUAACUACUUCUAUUCCUGUCGCAAUGGCUAUCUUUUGCUGCAGCAAUGCCCCUUUAAAUAUGGCUGGGACUUUGAACGACGUGCUUGUACGGCGCUUCAGCAAGCAAGUUGUUACAACAGAAGAAUAAUGCAAUGAUUUCAAGAAAACGUAUUUAUAAUUUUAUGUAAUAAAAAUGUAUCAAAAAACUUA